ACAAGUAGACAGAUGCAGGGAUGGAUGGUUUCCCUCCCUUCUUCUGAACAGCAGUGGGAGUGGCGUCUAGUUAGUGGAUACAGUUUCUUUUGCCAGCUUGGCAAAGACAGAGUCUCAUAGUUCCUAUACUUCUUUCUAGAAACUUCUAAAAGUAGGCUAUAAAAUAAGACCCCAGAGCCUAACCCUUACAGAGCUACUGCAUCCUGAGUAUAGUGACAUCUGGGAGUCAGCGGAAGAAAACAAAGCAGCGACGUACGUCACUCAGCCAGCUACAAGAAAAGAAGGCACUGAAAGCAGAAUCAGAAGACAUCAAGACAGCAUUGUAAACAGCUAAAUCUGACUUGCUAGAAAAAAAGCUUUCUGUGGCAGAAGAUUGCACGAGCCCCAAAGUUCUAUAGGGUAACUUUGGCUAGAAGACAUAAUGGCCCUGAAGCUUGCAGCUUUGUGCAUUCUAGUUGCAUUUGUGGCAGGAGAACCAGUGAUCCUGAAGGACCUUGCUCCAGCUUUAGCAGACAGUACUGUAAACUUGGCAAUCAACCUUUACAAGACAAUGGUGAAGGAUCCACAGCUUCAGUCUGAGAACAUUCUCUUUUCUCCUGUGGUUGUGGCCUCUUCCCUUGGAGUUAUGUCCAUGGGAGCAGGAGAGACUACUGCUCGUCAAGUCAAGUCUCUCCUCAAUAUUCCAAUCCAGGAUGAUAAGCUCCACCCAGCCUUCUCAGAGCUAUUAGGAGAGGUUAGCAAUGAAACAGCGCGCAAUACCACCUGGAAGAUAGGAAGCCGCCUGUAUGGGCCAGCCUCUGUCAGCUUCAGAGAUGACUUUGUGCAGAAGAGCAAGACACACUACAUGCAUGACCACUCCAAGGUCAACUUUCGGGAUAAAAGGAGUGCCGUCCAGUCUAUUAAUGAAUGGGCAUCCAAAACCACUCAAGGCAAACUUGCCGAGGUCACCAAAGAGAUUCCCAGCACAGAUGGUGCACUCUUCAUCAAUGCCAUGUACUUCAAGCCUCACUGGGAUGAAAGAUUUCAUCACCAGAUGGUAGACAAAAGAGGCUUCCUAGUUUCCAGGGCUCACACAGUUUCUGUACCCAUGAUGCAUCGUACAGGUCUUUAUCAGUACUACGAAGAUGAGGUAAACAAACUGCAAAUCGUGGAAAUGCCACUAGCACACAAUCAUGCCAGUAUGAUCCUUAUCAUGCCCAAUCACAUUGAGCCACUUGACAGGCUGGAGAAGAUGCUGACCAAGGAGCAAAUCCACAGCUGGAUCGGCAAGCUGAAGAAGAGGGCUGUUGCCAUUUCACUGCCCAAAGUUAGUGUGGAUGUCAGCCAUGAUCUCCAGAAACACCUUCAGGAGCUUGGUCUGACAGAAGCAGUGGACAAGGGCAAGGCAGAUUUCUCUGGUAUCACUGGCAAAAAGGACUUGCACCUGUCAAAUCACCUUCAUGCAACAGCCAUUGAGUGGGACACUGAAGGCAAACCAUUUGACCAUGAUAAACGUACAGAGGAGGAAAUGCGAUCUCCCAGGCUUUUCUAUGCCGACCACCCUUUUAUUUUCUUAGUUAUGGACAAUAAAACUAACAGCAUCCUUCUGAUUGGAAGAUUGAUCAAGCCCACUAAAGGUGGAAGACAUGAUGAACUAUGAUACUAAACUUUCUUUACAAUAUAUAU